AUGCAGCGCUCUCGUGACCGCUCACGCUCACGCUCACCAAGGCGUGAUCGCGACUACGACGAAGACCGCCGUUCCCAUAGCCGUGAUCGCUACAGACGUGAUCAUAGGGAUCGCAGCCCCGUCAACGGCCACGAUCGUCGUGAGAGGGAGUACUCGAAGAACUACGAAGAUCGUGCGCCACAGUCCCGUAAUUUCGAGGAUCGUGCUCAGCACAAGGAGAACAUGCUCGCCAACGUCCGCGAGUCAUCGCAGCAAGACCGUCGUGUCUACGUCGGCAACCUCUCCUACGAUGUCAAGUGGCAUCACCUCAAAGACUUCAUGCGCGAGGCGGGUGAGGUGCUGUUCGCAGAUGUGCUGCUCCUUCCCAAUGGGAUGAGCAAAGGCUGCGGCAUCGUCGAAUACGCUACUCGUGAUCAAGCGCAGGCAGCCAUCAAUCAGCUCAGCAAUCGUAACCUGAUGGGGCGCUUGGUGUACGUUCGCGAGGACCGCGAGACCGAGCCUCGGUUCACUAGUGGUGAGCCGGCUCCGCGUGGCGGCUUCCAAGGCGGAUACGGUGGCGGCCGUGGUGGCAUGGGCGGAGGGUUCGGCGGUCGUGGCGGUUACGGUGGCGGAGGCUUUGGCGGUGGCGGUGGUGGAGCUGGCAGUAACCAGAUCUUCGUCCGCGGCCUUCCGUAUUCCGUUGGCUGGCAGGACCUCAAGGACCUCUUCCGUCAGGCAGUUACCACUGGCCAGAUUAUGCGCGCCGACGUCCACAUGGCGCCCAACGGCCAAUCUAAGGGCCAAGGUAUUGUAGCAUUCGACAACCCUCAAGACACGCAGAACGCCAUUCAGCAAUUCAACGGCUACGACUGGCAGGGCUGCAUUCUCGAGGUUCAUGAGGAUCGCUUCGCCAAUAGCGGUCCGCCCGGUCGUGGUGGAUUUGGUGGAGGGUUCCGUGGAGGCUACGGCGGCGGCUUCGGAGGCCGUGGCGGCUAUGGUCAGGGUGGCUUUGGAGGUGGUUAUGGAGGUGGCGGAUACGGAGGGCGCGGUGGAUUCGGAGGCGGCUAUGGUGGUCGUGGAGGAGGAGGAGGCUUUCGCGGCGGCUACGGAGGCGGGGGUGGCUUCCAAGGAGGCACUCACGCAGGAGGAGCUGGUGGCGCUUCGGGCGCUGGCGGCGCUGGUGCUGCUGCUGGUGGCGAGGCUCCACCGCCAAACCCCUUCGUCGACUUCUCCACCUCGGGCGGCCCGGAGAGCGACACCAUCUAUGUUCGCAACCUUCCGUGGAGCACCAGCGACCAGGAUUUGAUCGAUCUCUUCACGACGAUCGCCGAGGUUAAGCGCGCGGAGAUCAAAAUGGAGACGAAUCUUCGCUCCGCCGGCACCGGCGUUGUGCAGUUCGCCAACCAAGAGGACGCCGCGAGCGCCAUUGCCAAGUUCACCGGCUACAUGUACGGAGGCCGUCCACUCGGCAUCAGCUAUGUGCGUUACACCAACCAGGGCGAUGACAGCAUGAUGGAGGGUGCGGACGCUGGUCGCAUGCAGGCGGAGAUGAUGUAAAGCAUCCUCUAGCCACGCAUACUAAGCCAACCGACCUAAACUUAUCAACUGCGACAAACCACGCGAUUGCCGACGGCAACGUUGCGAUUGUUGUCAACAGCUUCUUGCUGGCACUUGCUGGCAGAGCUUGUAAAAUACUGGUAUGCUCGAUUACAUACAACGGACUACUUGGAGGCGUGCUUAUGGCCCCAACGUGCGAUAAGCGACUCGCGGCUGUACCACCAUCACGCCACCACCUACUGACCAUAAUGCGUCCCCAAUCUGAGGCUCGCUGGUUGAACAAUGGCAUGCACAUGCUCAUGGAGUUCAAGGGGUUGAAUAAUGGACAGAGCCGGCGAGCUAUAUCUUUGCCACUGCUAGCCGAUAUGCAGGCCUAACUUGAG